AUGCUGAUGAAAUUUGCAGGCCCAUAUUCCCACUUCCGAGUCGGUUGCUCGAUCCUGCUCGCGGACGGCACGGUAGUGCAGGGUGCAAAUGUUGAGAACGCAGCGUAUCCCGUCGGCACCUGUGCGGAGCGUGUGGCGAUGGGGACAGCUGUUGUUCAGGGAGCAAAGAAAGGCGAUAUCCGCGCGAUAGCAGUUGCAACCGACAUCAGCCCUCCUGCGAGCCCUUGUGGGAUGUGCAGGCAGUUUAUCAGGGAGUUCUGCGAGCUCAACAUGCCUAUUCUAAUGUACGAUAACGAGGCACGGUCGACGGUGAUGACGCUGGGACAGCUACUACCGAUGAGCUUUGGGCCCGAGAAGUUGAAGACGACCGAUGAGGUUGAGCAUGGCUUAUCGCAAUAG